AAUGGGGCGACCAGGGGACCAGAGAUCCAAGUGCGCGCUCUGGAAGGUCCCGACCAAGGAAUCACUGAGAUUCUGAUGAACAGACCCCACGCCCGAAACGCCCUGGGGAAUGUCUUCGUAAGUGAGCUGCUGGAAGCUCUGACCAGGCUGCGGGAGGACCGGCAGGUGCGGGUCCUGCUCUUCAGAAGUGGUGUGAAGGGGGUGUUCUGUGCAGGUGCAGACCUAAAGGAGCGGGAGCAGAUGAAUGACGCGGAGGUGGCAGUCUUUGUCCAGCGGCUCCGAGCCCUGAUGAAUGACAUCGCAGCCUUCCCUGCCCCCACCAUUGCAGCUAUGGAUGGAUUUGCCUUAGGUGGAGGCUUGGAACUUGCCCUGGCCUGUGACCUCCGAGUGGCAGCUUCUUCGGCUGUCAUGGGGCUGAUCGAGACUACGCGUGGGCUCCUCCCAGGGGCAGGAGGGACUCAGCGGCUGCCCCGCUGCCUCGGGGUGGCACUGGCAAAGGAGCUCAUCUUUACUGGCAGACAGCUGACUGGGGCCGAGGCCCAGGCGAUGGGUCUGGUGAAUCACGCAGUGGCCCAGAACAAGGACGGCGACGCAGCCUACCGCCGGGCACAAGCGCUGGCCCAGGAGAUCCUGCCCCAGGCCCCCAUUGCUGUGCGACUGGGCAAAGUUGCCAUUGAUCGAGGAAUGGAGGUUGACAUUGCUUCUGGGAUGGCCAUUGAAGGGAUGUGCUAUGCCCAGAAUAUCCCAACCCGGGACCGAAUGGAGGGCAUGGCAGCCUUCAGGGAGAAGCGCCCUCCCAAAUUUGUUGGUGAAUGAACUCUUCUUUAAGCUUCUAAAUGUAUGCCCCGAGGGGCAGGACCAGAAAGGAGAUUUGCAGGACUGCCCUCAUCAUGUCACCUCU